ACCAUUCGUUUUUGGUUUUAGAUUGAAUCUCAGAUCAGAGCUUCAACGAUUCUUUUAGGGUUUUCUUUCUUCCCUAUCAGUUACAAUCGAAUCUCUGUAUUUUUCAGUUGAUUCGAAGAUAUCUCAUGUAUUGAUUGAAUUAUUCUAGUUUUCAAUCGAUUUAUAGAUAUAAUCGAUUUGGUUCAAACAGGUUUAACAACUGAUCAUCAAUCUACAAGUUCGAAUCAAUCAAUUGAAUCUAAUUUGUUGUUUCGAAGCUACUUCAGAUUGGAGAAGAACAUGAUUUUUAUUGAAUCAACAAGUUUUGAAUCUAGGUUUUGGAGGAGUAUGAAGAGGCUGUGGUGGUAGAGGUGGUGGUAUUGGAGCAGGUUUGAAGGAGGAUUUUGAAGUCAGUGGUGGUGUUUUAAUUGAUGAAUUGAAGGAGAUGAUGAGAUGAUAGAGGAUGAACUAUUUUAUGUUUCUACUGCUGGUGCUAGUGGUCACAGUUUGCGAGAUAAUUUGAAUGAUGGGGCUUUGGAUGUUGGGUUGCUGGGAAACGACAUUUAAAUGAGCUCUGAAAAGAUGGUAAUUACAUUGCAUGCUGGGGUAGAGUAUGCUGGAGUUCCUGUAAAGAAAUGGGUGCUUAUUGCUGGAGGCCAAUUGGGUAUAUCUGGAUCUUAAUGCACAGUCAUGCCAUGUAUCAUUAUGCGAAGCAGGAUGUGGCAUCUCGCUUGGCUGAGAGGGCAAUUGCACUAGCUGUGUCUGAUGCUGCAUUGGAAAUUGUACUGACUGAAAGCUACGAUCCGGUAUAUGGAGAUGGGCUAAUUAGGAGGUGGCUAGAGAAGAAGGUGGUGACAGAGUUGUCAAAGAUGCUUCUAAGAGAGGAGAUUGACGAGAACUCUACCGUGUAUAUUGAUGCAAGUCUAGAUGGAGCUAAACUUACUUAUCGAGUGGAAAAGAAUGGUGGAUUGGUGAAUGCCAACAUUGAAAUUGCUCUUGAUACUACUGCAAGGUCUCGCUGGAACUGGAGUUGACGCUGAACACACAAGUCAGACGCAUGUGAAACUCUCAAUUACACUAGAUAGAUGCAUAUGUAACUCUCAAUUACACUAGACAGAUGCGUGUGUAACUUCUAGUUACACAUGCUAAGAAAUUAUUAUAAAUGAAUAUUAAAGUAAUACAUGUACUUUUUUUA